AUUCUCUCACGGAGGACUCCAAUCCCUCUGCAACCAUCCCUUCUGCACCGGUCCUUCUCCUGCUCGGCAUUCUUAAAAAUGAAGGUCCAAUGCACAGUUGCGACCACUCCCACCUCAGAUACUCCCGGGACAUGCAUUCUACUCCACUUUGAUAGAAAACGCUACCUUCUCGGUCAUAUCGGGGAAGGAGCUCAGCGGGCGUUCAUCGAACGGUCGAUAAGGCUUACAAAGAUAUCCGAUAUCUUUCUCUCUGGUCGCACGGAAUGGCAGACUAUUGGUGGUUUGGUUGGGCUUAUAUUGACUAUGGCGGAUCAGGAUGCCGCAAAAGCCUCGGACAGUCUUAACGAUCCUCGGGCUGCGACAAGGAAGAAAAAACCCAAUGAGCGAAAGGGGAUUACGGUUCACGGUGGAGAGAAUCUACUGCAUUCACUCGCUACUACACGGCCAUUUGUUUUUAGGAGAGCAAUGAACUUGAGGCUGAGCGAGGUUCCAGCAACCAGGAGUGAUGAAGCUAGGAAAGAGCAAGUUUCCCAAGCACCAUAUUUCAGGGAUGAAAACCUGAUUGUUCAUGCCAUGCAAAUUUACCCGGAGAAAGACCUCAAGGAUUCGGCAAGAGAGAUUGAGACAGGAAGUUCGUCAGCGGUGGGGAAUGUUGAUCGCGCUACUAGGAAGCGCUCGUUCGAUGAGAUCACCAACAUUGAGGAACAACGAGAUACAAUUCUCCGUAGUGUGGUAGAGAAUAUGUUUUGUUCGGACUGGAGUAUGGACACAAUGAUUGAAGAUGGGGAUCCCCUUGAUGAUCCGGGGCCUUCUACUGAUGCUCUUGCUGAAUCGCCACCCGCACCCCCAAGCCAUGGUACGGGUAGAAAUAGAAGCACUAGCCCGCCAAAGCGACCAAAGCCUAUUCUAGAGCGAGACCCAAACCUCUCAACAACCCUCCCACCAUCGGGAAAGACCAGAGCACCUUGGCCAGCAUCUACAGUUCGCUCGCUCCCGCGGUCGCAUCCCACACGUAUUGCUCUAUCAUACAUUGUAACGCUGCAUCCUCAGCGUGGUAAAUUCCUUCCUGUUAAGGCCAGGGAAUUAGGUGUCAUUCCCGGGCCGGACUUCGGUCGAUUGACAGAAGGCAAGACAAUCACGACUCCUAACGGAAACGUCGUACAGCCCGCGGAUGUGAUGGAGCCAAUGAAGCCCGGGACUGGUGUUGCCAUUUGUGACUUACCGGAUGCGAACUAUAUCGAAGACUUUCUUGCGAGAGAGGAGUGGAGAGAUACCGAGAAGCUCAGAAUUGAAGUUGGGUGUUUCUUCUGGAUUCUCGGAACUGGAGUUUCCGCAGAUGAGAGACUCCGGGCUUUCAUGAAGCGAAUGGGGCAUUCCAAACACAUCAUCAGUGCCCCAGACGUCUGCCCCAACUCAAUCACCUUCAAGGGGGCUGCAAAGUCAUCGACAAAGUUGAAUUUGCUGGACGAGAAAUUCUUUCCCUUGCCGUAUUCCACUGAUGGGGUUCCCUCCCAGGUGGACGAGUUCAUGGAACCUGCGAAGCCUGGAAUGAUCUUCGGAAUUGAGCCAAGGUGGGAAUUUGACACGGGGUCCAUCAAGCCUCCUUUCAGUAGGGAAGCUAUCCUGCAGGAAACAGAGUCCGCGUACAUCGAGUUAGCGAGGAUAGCUCGUGAGGCCAAUGUUCAGAAUCUCGGCGAUGAUUCCCCAUGGAAAGAUGUGGAAGUUAUUACUUUGGGUACUGGCUCGGCGCUCCCAAGCAAAUACCGCAAUGUCUCUGCGACUCUCAUUAAAGUUCCCGGAGCUGGCAGUAUUUUGUUGGAUGCAGGCGAGAAUACCCUGGGGCAGCUUCGCAGAUUGUACGACCCUACGGAGCUCAAGGCAGCCCUAAGAGGUCUAAAAGGACUCUAUAUUUCCCACCUCCAUGCUGACCAUCACCUUGGCACUGCAGCAGUCUUAAAAGCGUGGCACAACGAGAUUUACUCGUCCGACGCCUCUGAAACGAAGCAGCUGAUGAACGUUGUUGCACCCUUGAAGUUUCAUGUCUGGCUCCGAGAAUAUGCCGACGUAGAAGAGUUUGGCUUCUCCAACAUCCGAUUCAUCAGUUGCGAAGACCUCCUAUGGAAGAACAGAAAUAGCCCCAACAAUCUCUCCGUCCAUCUUCUUCCCGAAGUCCUUGAUUCCCUAUCCUUGGCCUCAAUUCAAACUUCUCGAGCAGUUCACUGUCUGGACUCUUUCACUACUUCAUGGACCUGGAACAAUGGCUUCAAAAUUGCCUACUCGGGGGAUACUCGUCCUACCAAAGGCUUCGUUGAAAUCGGCCGGAACUCAACAGUUCUUCUUCAUGAAGCAACAUUCGACGACGAACUUCUCCCGGAAGCAAUUGCCAAGAAACACUCCACUACUAGCGAAGCUAUUAACGCGGGAAAGAUAAUGGGUGCACAGAACAUCAUUCUCACGCAUUUCAGCCAACGAUACCCGAAGUUGCCAAUUUUGAGUGCUGCAGAGGAGAGCGGGCUGGAAGUGCUUGUCGCGUUUGACCUCUGCAGAAUUAGGCUUGGAGAUGUGAAGAGGUUUGGGACUUUUAUACCCGCAUUGAAGGAGUUGUAUGAGGAGGUCGAUGAGGAGGAGAAAGUUGAGGGAGAGGAGGAGGAGGAGGAGGAGGAGGAGGAGGAGGAGGAGGAGGCGCCGGCUGUUAGAGAGAAGAAGACAAAAAAAGUGGGUAAAGCUGUGGAGUGUAAAGCUGAGGGAAAUAAGGUUGAGAAGAAGAGCAAGAGGAGGGGAAGUGAGGCGGUGGAAAUAGACCCUCGCUCCCUCCAGUGAGUGAACGGGGCGUGUGUGAUCUGUCGAAACAUACUAUUCUAGAGCUAGUAAAUACGGUAUUCUGUAUAUACAAAAGUGCAGAAGCUGAUGUUAGCGUACCUGCUGCAAUAAUUGUUUCUACACUCAUCGUUCUGGAGCGGCAUAGCUCAUACGGUAUUUAGAAUUAAGGGGCACCGGGAUGCAAAACAUUUACACGAGUAAUGAAGAUCCGAGAUAUCCUUUCCGGACACUUCCCGUCAUGAACUCCUUUUUUCAAUAGACUCGAAUACCAUGACAGGCAAUAUUCUUACUGA